GCUUGCUAUGCAGCUCAAGCCAUGGGAUAUUUGACAAGGAAACCCGCUGUAUGCCUGGUGGUAUCUGGACCAGGCCUUCUUCAUGCUAUCGGGGGUCUUGCCAAUGCAACUGUGAAUUGCUGGCCUGUAAUUUGUAUUGGCGGUUCGUCGGACGUUGAUCAGGAGAAUAGAGGAGCUUUCCAAGAGUGGCCGCAAGUGGAAUCAGCACGUCUUUCUUGCAAGCACGUUAGUCGUCCGACAACAUUGCAAGCUAUCCCCCUGCAUGUCGAAAAGGCAGUAAGGGAAUGCAUGUACGGUCGUCCUGGAGCUGUAUAUAUUGACAUGCCAGGCAACUUAGUUCUAUCUAAUAUAGAAGAAGAUGAAUUACCGUAA